AUGGCCCUCUACUCCCGCCGCGCUUCGGCGCUCUUGACCACCGCCAACGCGGAGCUGCGCUUUGCUCGGUGGGUCUACCAAGCCCGGUGCGAGUACGACAUCACCACGAUCAUGAAGCUCGAUGACGAAGACUGGGACGAAGACUGGGACUCGCUCUCUGCAGAUCCCGUCCUGGACGGCCCGCGGGCCGUCCAGCGCUGGAUCGACGCGAUCGGGGACGACGCGUCGAUCGUACGCGCGCUGGUCGCGCAUGGCUACCUCGCCCGCCCCUCCAACCCCGCCCCCGCCGCGCGAGAUCCCUCCCUCCCCAUCCGCGGGCCCUCCCCGCUCACCGCGUUCCGCGUCGCGCUCGUCAUCGGCCUCCGCGCCGCCUCCCUCUUCGGCCGCGCGACCAUCCACCGGCCCGCGACGCACACCCGCCCGUGGGAGUUCGCCCUCCCCCCGCUCUUCUUCAACGCGCCCCUCCGCGGCUGGGCGCCUUCCACCCCAUACCACCUCCCCGCGCCCGCCUCCGCGCCGCAAGCCUACGAGCUCCUCCCCGCCGCGGGCCACGCCGCGCGGUCGCGCACCUUCGCGCCGCCACCGGGCCUCGGCCGCCCCGACGGCGCGCUCGACCGCCACGCGCCGGACGCGUGGACGUGCGCGCACGGCGCGGUCCGCUUCACCAACGACCACUGGGUCGCCGUCCGCGAGCGCGCCGGGGGCAUGUACGCCUUCGGGCCGAUGCAGCACACGGCGCCGUUGGCGCGGUUCGCCGGAGACGGCGGGGGCGUCCGCGUCGGCGCCGACGUGCUCCUCGGGCGGCCGGACGCGGGCGAGGACGCGCCGCUCGCCGUCGUGUGGGCGUGCUCGCACGGGGAGCUGUACGUGUGCGGGCCGCCGCGCGGCGACGCGCUCUGUGCGCGCUCUGCGUCGCGGGCGAGGCUCGCGCAGCCGCCGGCGACGGUCCCCUCGCACGCGACUGUCGACAUCCAGAGCCAGAGCCAGAGCCAGAGCCAGAGCCAGGGCCAGAAGCGGUCUGCGUCUCGCCGCACACAUCCAUCCCUGCGCGAAGAGGUCAAGGAGUCAUUGACGACCCGCCUCCACGGCCGCGGGGGCAAGCGCCGCCCUGGGUUCACCGCGAGGCACGACGACCCGGAGCCCCCGACGCCGGUCUCGUCCCGCGCAUCCUCGACGUUCUCCGACGCCCCGUUGCCGGCGUCGUCGGCGAGGACGUCUCCCACGGGGUCGCUCCGUUGCUUCGGGGGGCACUCGUCCGCCCGGUCGACGCCUCUGGACGCUGCGGAAGAGUGCGAAGACUACGACGAGGAAGAAGAGGAGUGUGCCCACGAGGACUCGGGUGAGGACGAGAUCGAAGACGACGACGAGAUGGACGAGCUCGACUCCGACUCCGACGCGGACGAGUACGUCCCCGCACCCACCCCGUCCUCGGGCGGGACGAAGCGCAAGCGCUCCCCGCGCGCCGAGCCCCCGCGCGUCCUGCACCCCUCCGCCCGCCUCGCUUCCUCCUCCCCCUCGCCCGACCUCACGCCCUCACACUCCUCCUCCCACCAAUGCGGGAUCGCCGGCUGCACCACGACCUUCCCCGCCCCCUCCUCCCCAACCGCAACCGCAACCUCAACUCCCGCCUCCCCUCCCUGGCUCGCCCACCUCGCCGCCGCGCACGCCCUCACCCAAUCCACCUGGGAAUCCCGCCCCGGCGCGCCGCCCCACGACCCCGCCCCCAACCCGCAGCACGACCGCCGCUGCCCGCUCGCGCGCUGCGCCCUCGCCGCCGCCGCGCGCCGCGCCGGCAAGCCCCCGCCGACGUACGCCGCCUGGAACUCGAUCGUGCGCCACCUGGGCACGAAGCACUUCCCCGCGCGCGACUGGCGCUGCCCGCGCCCCGAGUGCGCCGCCGCGCGCCCGUUCUCCCGCCGCGACGCGCUCGUCCGCCACUACGAGACCAAGCACGCGCAGCGGUGCCCCGGGCGCACGCGCGCGUCCGCCAAGGACUGGGUCGGCGGCCGGCGGGACAAGGGCAAGGGCGUUCUUUCUGCUGGUGCUAAGGGCCGUCGCGGGCGUGGGAGGCGGCAGGUCGAGAUCGAGAGCGAGGAUGAGGACGAGAUGGAGGUCGACGGGGCCGAGGAGACGAGGGCGUUGGCCGUGUGA